UUGCCGUUUAUUUUUAGUUUGUUUGUUUGGGUACCGUUGCCCGCAAGCCUGCUUUCACUUCUCGGCAGACUUGAAGGCCCACUGCACGGCGAGAGAUGCGGCCGAACGUGACGAAACUGAUCGCCCCAAACAUCGACUACUAUAAGAUCGCGGCGCCGAGAUCUGAUCACAUUUUUGUGGGGUUUUUUUUUUUUGCAUUUUAUGCACAUAUUGUGAUCGGACGACAUGUCUUAAUGCAUCGACGGUGCCGCGAAAUGAAGAUGUUACAACUGCAGUCUUUCUCACAUUUACCUGUGACGGGGUCGCCACAAAUUUAGUAGCAGCUUCUCCAUGUCGAUAUGCAGCCGUUGAAUUGCUAGCACGGAAAUCCGCUCGGCUCCAACGCAUGAGUCGCUCAAUAGCCGUAGCGAUUUCCCUUUCCGGAAUGUUACUUCAAAUGCAGUGCCUCAAAUGACUGAAGUAUUGGAGUUUCAGUUUGAGAAUUGAUUUUAGUGGUAUCGAUUUUAGAGGGAUCGGCAAACUCAAACGGUAUCGAUGGCCCAGGUACUCCAUGUGGCGCAAUGGCCGUCCCUCCAAUCACUCUCACAGCGCCCCACGUUUUGGAUCAAACUGGGAAAAGGAGUUUGUUUACCUUGACAUUUACUGUGACAUUUUUUGCCGCUUUGGGUCGUUUACGUUAUCAGCUAUACUUUGGUCUCUCUUUUGGUCACACAGCUUGUUGGGCUUGUUGUGAACUUUCACACACGUUAAAGUCAAACCUGGCAACCCAUCCGCAUGCCCUGAUUCAGAGUGAAGAGGCCACUCCAUCAAAGCGCUAUCACGGAGUGAGCGCCCGUAGAUGAUUUCAUUUGGAUUCGACGAUUGAGGGUUUUCUUUUUUCCAUGAAAUUUGUGAGGGAGAGAAUGAAGGUUUGCCGCAUCACAAUAGAGCGAGCGCGCAAAGACAUGUGAGAUGCGUUAACUUGACAGUUGGGCUCCCAGAUCACUGGUGAAACAUUAACUAAGUUUUAUGCCUGCUAUGGGUAUAACCGAGCACAAUAACGGAUAAUACAAAGUCUAAUUUACAACCAUUACAAAAAAAAGAAACGGUGGCGCCGAAAUGACGAAUGUCGUCGGUGACCAUACUCUUAAUCUUGUGGCUGAACAUGAUUUAUGACUUCCUGAACCCAAGCACUGACUUGACGUGCUUGAAUUUUGCCACAGUAGCUUGGAACAUGCUCAUAGGUUAAUGCGGUACUUCGGACUUCCCCUUAUGUGACUUACUCCACCUCAGUCAGUAUUGCCGGUCGUGAUGAUUCAGGAAAUGGAGGGGCCGUUCUCUGAGAAGAUGAAGAUGAAUGACUGGCUGCUCAGUGGCUUGGUGGGCGUGAGUAAUUCUUCAGUGAUCGGACAAUGUUUCCCAACAGACCCAGUGAAUCCCAUCAUCGCCGCCUAGAAUGGAAGACCCGCUUUAAGUGCCGCACAGAGGGGCCACGGUACCGCAGCUCCGAGCUUUCAUAACGCCGCUUCGCUGGACCGACCGAGUGACGAGAUGUUUUGGAGAGUCCGCCGUUCAAUGAAGACGCACUGGGUCCGGCUAAUGACCACCUGCCUGGUGCUGUCGGUGGUCAUGGUUUGGUGGGAUAACGGCAUGAUGAACCAUGUCAAGUCCUACUCGUACCGCCUCCUGGUGAACCGCUUCGGCGAUAUCAACAGGAGUCUCACCAUCACGCGGGAGCAGGCCCGCAGCUUCAGCAACUUCCGCAACUUGCUGGAUCACCCGAACAAAUGUGACGACCAGGAUGUCCUCCUCCUGCUCUUUGUGAAAUCGUCCCCGGUGAACACCGCCAGGCGCGAGGCCAUUCGAUCCACUUGGGGUAACGAGACCUUCAUACUGGACUCACUGGGGGUGACGGUUAAGGUGGUCUUCGCCUUGGGAGCGCCCUCGGGACCCAACGGCACGGACGCUAUUCUUCAGACGCGGCUGUUCCGAGAGGACCGUCACCGUGGCGAUUUGAUCCAGCAGGACUUUCAGGAUUCGUUCCACAACUUAACCCUGAAGCUGAUCAUGCAGUUUCACUGGAUGCACAGGUGCUGCGCUCACGCCCGCUUUUUCAUGACGGCCGACGACGACGUCUUUAUUCACAUGCCCAACUUGGUGGCAUACCUGCAAGGCGUCCGAGACCAGGGCAUCGCUGACUUCUGGGUGGGCCGGGUCCACCGGGGCGCGCCACCGAAGCGCAGUCAAGACAGUAAGUACUACGUGCCUCCCGAUAUGUACCAGUGGAUAUCGUACCCGGACUACACGCCCGGGGGAGGCUACGUGCUGUCCGGCAACGUGGCGGACAAGAUCUACCACGCCACCCUGACGCUGAACGCCUCGCUUCACAUCGAUGACGUCUUCAUGGGCAUCUGCGCAAAAGCCGUUGGCGUGUCGCCGCAGGAGCAUUUGUAUUUCUCGGGGGAGGGGAAGGCACCUUACCACCUGUGUAUCUAUAACCAGAUGAUUACCUCCCACGGACACGUGGAGGACCUCCAAGACCUAUGGAAGGCGGCCACACACCCGAAGGUGAAAGAGAAGACGUCUGGACUACUAGGCAAGCUCUACUGUACGGCAGUGAAGAUCUUUCUGCUUUGUCGAUACCAUCUCAACGGCUACCCUUGCAUCGCCGCUUUUUAUUGAGAUUGUACAAGGAAGGAACAUUUAAAAAUUCAGCGGUACCCUGAUUGAUUCUGGAGGGUUUUUUUUUUGGGACUUGCGCAAAAAUUGGACCGAAAAGAUAUGUUAAAUGUUGGCAACGAACUUAACACAAUUUGGAAGAGAGUGAAAAUGUUUAGUUGACUCAACUCAACAAUCCCAGUUGACUGUCAAACUAAACAUAAAAUAAAGAGCAUUGCAUGUUAUGUUUUUUUAAAUAAGCAUUAAAGUUUCUUACAAAACGACAUAAAAUUGACCCUCGACAAUGACUGCAACUGAAAUGAGCUACUUGGGCUGCGUUCACACUGCAAGAUGUGAUGCGCAAUUCAGACUUUUUUUUAAUUAAAUUUGAUCUGAUGUAUUGGUUCACAUUACAAAAACAAGUACGACUUCUAAUUCGAAAUCAAUGAGUAUGUGAUGUCACGCGCAUGGGCACAAUGCAUGACAUGAAGUGACAUACACCAGCGCAGUGCUUACGGAGGUAAAUGUGUAUCGGGGCGCAUUUGAUCAUCUCCUAUCGUAAUAGUAGCGUGGUGGGAAGAAGUAGAAAAGUUUUGGGUAUAUGAGUCAAAGCUCCUUGAUCUCAUUUAAUGGAGACGGCUACUGAAGGUGACGUCACGUCAUUGCCGCCUGUAAUAAAUGAACCAUCUGUAUGGCUGAAAUACUUCGAUAACCACAUCAACUAAUUUUUUGGGGUUGUGUUGCUUUAAUU